UUGACAGUGAAGAAUAUGCACAUACAUACAUGUACGGAUAUUGCUGCAGGAGAAGAAGUUGCCAUCAAGCUUGAAUGUGUCAAAACCAAACAUCCUCAGCUCCACAUUGAGAGCAAGAUCUACAAAAUGAUGCAGGGAGGAGUGGGCAUCCCCACCAUCAGAUGGUGCGGGGCUGAGGGGGACUACAAUGUCAUGGUGAUGGAGCUCCUGGGGCCGAGCCUGGAAGACCUCUUCAACUUCUGCUCAAGGAAGUUUAGUCUGAAAACUGUCCUGUUGCUUGCUGACCAAAUGAUAAGUCGUAUUGAGUACAUUCAUUCGAAGAAUUUUAUUCAUCGAGAUGUGAAGCCAGAUAACUUCCUCAUGGGGCUGGGAAAGAAAGGCAACCUAGUCUACAUCAUUGACUUUGGUCUGGCCAAGAAGUACCGGGAUGCCCGCACCCACCAGCAUAUCCCCUAUCGAGAGAACAAGAACCUCACGGGGACGGCACGCUAUGCCUCCAUCAACACACAUCUUGGCAUUGAACAAUCUCGAAGGGAUGACUUGGAGUCUCUGGGGUACGUGCUGAUGUACUUCAACCUGGGCUCUCUCCCCUGGCAGGGGCUGAAGGCCGCCACCAAGAGGCAGAAGUAUGAGAGGAUCAGUGAGAAGAAGAUGUCCACGCCCAUUGAAGUGCUGUGCAAGGGCUAUCCUUCUGAAUUUGCCACAUACCUGAAUUUCUGCCGUUCCUUACGUUUUGAUGACAAACCUGACUACUCCUACCUGAGACAGCUCUUCAGAAAUCUGUUCCAUCGCCAGGGCUUCUCCUACGACUAUGUGUUCGACUGGAACAUGCUCAAAUUUGGUGCCAGCCGAGCUGCAGACGAUGCUGAGCGGGAACGCCGGGACCGAGAGGAGCGAUUAAGACACUCCCGGAAUCCAGCCACCCGUGGCCUCCCUUCUACAGCUUCCGGCCGUCUGCGGGGAACCCAGGAAGUGGCUCCCCCAACGCCCCUUACCCCUACCUCACACACGGCCAACACCUCUCCUAGGCCUGUCUCUGGCAUGGAACGAGAACGGAAAGUGAGCAUGCGGCUGCACCGUGGGGCACCAGUCAACGUUUCCUCGUCUGAUCUCACGGGCCGACAAGAUACCUCUCGCAUGUCCACCUCACAGAAUAGCAUUCCUUUCGAACACCACGGCAAGUAGCUGCUCGUCUCCAUCGGAAGGCAGCACUGGAUUCCCGGUCGGGUGGCUUCCAGUGGUCUUCAGUCUGUCGUGCACCGAUGAGAACUCUCCUUUUUGCUGUGAAGGGCAGACAAUGCAUGGCUGAUCUACUCUGUUACCAAUGGCUUUACUAGUGACACGCCCCCCGGUCUAAACCCGAAAUGUUAACGCCGGGAGCUCUCCAGGCCACUCACCCAGCGACGCUCAUGGGGAAUCAAACACAAACUAAAUGGACAGGUUCCAAGAGCUGCCAUCGCCAGGGGCUGCCACCGCCAGGGGCUGCCACCACGGCCCCAUGGGAGCUCAGUUAUCAUGGGGCUGGAAUGAAGAGCAGAGGCUGGGAGACCAUUGCAGAGAGAACCCGACUCCCUGUGAAGAGCCUCUCCGCUCCCACCAGUGGUGGAGGACCUGCACUCCCUGACGAUCCCACCACAGCUACCAGUCUUCUACUUGGUUAAGACAGUUUUGUAUCAUUUUGCUAAAAAUUACUGGCUUAAAUCUGUGUAAAGAAAUCUGUCUUUUUAUUGUUUCUUUCUUGUCUGUUUUUGCGGUCUUAAACAACAACAACAAAAAAGAUGUUGACCUUAAAGAAUCCUAAGACAUGCUGGCUUGGAGCUUCUGUGUAAAAUGGAGGCAGGCAAGAGAGGGGCACAUGUGAGUGUCAAGGAUGUGUGUUUUGUUUGUUUUGUUUUCUCGUGUUGUGCUGUUCACUUUAGGAAGGAAAUACUCAUCAGUUGUGUGUGUGUGUGUGUGUCUUGUGGACUCCCAUCAGCUUCGUUUGGGCAUCUUGCUUACCCUUCCCCACUGUAAGCUGAUCCGCCUGCAGUCAUCAGAACAGGGAGAGUGCAGCAGCCGUGGAGCGAGGGUGCAGAGGCGUACGCUCAGCAGAGCACUGUGGCAUGACAGUCUUCCCAAAGGAAGCGAGAAGGAAGUCAAAACUGAAGAACUCGCGUGGAGAGACCUUGAGAUCCAUAUAGGCUGCUGGAGAGUUCCAAGAUUCAAAGCUGAGCUUGUGUUUCUGGUUUCUGGGGAGAGGAUUGCUGUUUUGGUAGUGCUGGUUGCCUCUAUGCCUCUGAACUUGGGAAGCUGCUGAACAGACCGAGUACUCUCCUGCAGAUGCCACCUAGGUCUGUCGUCACCUCUCUGCUCAGAGCCCAGGAUUUGCCCAGAAGGACCAGUGGCCAAAGGGAAUCAACCCCGAAGUGCCAACCUGAAUCUAGACCCUUCACCUCCAGAAAGGUGUGGUGCCACGCACACGCUUCGUGAUCUUGGGCUGGGCUGCUCUGCCGCUGGCGGUCAGGAUGCCAACAUGUUCGUCCCCACCAUGUGCACCGAAUAUGAAGAGACAGCAGGCCCUGAGCUCCCCAUCUGAGGAAUGGGAUGCAGUACAUGUGUCUGGGUGUCAGCCUGUGGAGAGUGUUGUGCUGGCUACCUGGUUCCCUGUUUAGGUUUGGGCUCUAGCGGUGCCACCGUGGCUUCUUCCCAGAGUUCCCUGGUACUGAGCACUGGUCUGAGAUGAGGGAACACAACUGCUGGUGUGCGAUAGCCUCCCAGAAUGCGGCUGUUAGUUGUGCCAGCCAGCCAUCUGAGCCUGUGGGUGCUUCCUUGUGAGUCCUGAGCUGGUUACUCUGCGAGCAUUUUAGGGUGCAGGGACUUGACUGGGUGGGAGACUGUGUCUGGGAGUGCAGGGGGAGGUUGGGGGGGUUGGGCAAGUUUGAGAUUUUUGUUGCAAAUCCUUUACUAGAGUUGGGCCUCCUCUCUCCAGUGGCAGGUCUGCCUGGCAAGUGUUCUUUGUAGAUACCUGUGGUGUCGAAGGGGUAUCGGGGUGGCCUUGAGACUGAUCCAGGUUCAGCCAAGCCCUGUUGGGUUGUGCUGAGAUUAGGCCUAUUGAAAGUCCUCCAGGGGGUGGCUCUGACGGUUCUUGCCUAAUAUUUAAUCCCAUCAUCACUCGCAGGAAGCGUAGUUAGAAUGUGUGUAUCAACCUGUGUCUUGGUGACCAGUCUCUGAGCUGUGCGUUUGUACUACCACUGUAUUUGUGUACUUUAACAAUUGUGUAAAUAAUAAAUUCAUAAUGACUUCUA